AUGGAUACAUUUGACGUGUCCAAAAUGGGCGCUGCCCUUGAGGAUGUAACGCACGCACAGAAUGCCAGAAAGGCCGAAGCUGCUAGUACUGCCCGCGAAAAAGGGUGGACUGAGCCAGAGGGCUACGACUACUCCAAGUACAAUACAGCCCCUCUCGGGCCUCCUCUGGCCACCCCUGGUGAGGGCACUGAGCCAGAACAGCAACAGCAGGAUCUCCCUGAGUGGGCGGCCAACGCGGCAAAAUACGAGUGGAAAGACGAAUACGUCGUCGCUGAAAGUCGUGAUCGUCCUAAUCCAAUUAAGAGUUUUGAUGAUGCCGGACUGCACCCCAUCGUGCGUGACAACGUCCAGCUCUGUCACUACAAUAUUCCAACGCCAAUCCAGGCAUAUGCGAUCCCUGCGGUCAUGACGGGCCACGAUCUCAUCGCUGUUGCCCAGACUGGCUCCGGAAAGACCGCAGCCUUCCUGAUCCCGGUCCUGUCAAAAUUGAUGGGAAAGGCGAAAAAACUUGCUGCUCCCCGUCCGAACUUGGCGGACGGGUAUAACCCCAUCAUUGAUGCUGUCCGUGCAGAACCUCUGGUCUUGAUCGUUGCGCCUACUAGGGAACUGUCUACACAGAUAUUCGAUGAAGCACGCCGACUCUGUUAUCGCUCUAUGUUGCGUCCAUGCGUUGUGUACGGCGGUGCUCCUGUGCGUGACCAGAGGGACGAGCUGCAGAAAGGCUGCGACAUUCUCAUUGGCACGCCUGGAAGACUUUUGGAUUUCAUGGAUAAGCCUCAUAUUCUGUCUCUCCGCCGUGUCAAGUACACUGUCAUCGACGAAGCAGAUGAACUUCUCCUUGCGGACUGGGAGUCUGACUUCAACAAGAUCAUGUCAGGUGGAGAUAUGAACGAGGAUGCGGACCACCGUUACAUGAUGUUUUCUGCGACAUUCAACAAGGAGUGCCGUCAGCUGGCCCGCAAGUUCCUUGCGGAUGACCACGUUCGUGUUCGUGUUGGACGUCCUGGCAGUACUCACAUCAAUGUAGACCAGAGUAUUGUCUACUCCGAAGAGCAUCUCAAGAAGCAGUGCCUCUAUGAUCUGCUUCUGGCGAUGCCCCCCUCUCGUACCUUGAUCUUUGUCAACUCAAAAGCACAGGCAGAUUUGCUGGAUGAUUACCUGUAUAACAUGGGUCUACCCAGCACUUCUAUCCACUCAGAUCGUACCCAACGCGAGCGUGAGGAUGCCUUGCGUGCUUUUCGUACUGCCAAAUGCCCAAUCCUGGUCGCGACUGGGGUUUCAGCUCGCGGGCUUGACAUCAAGAAUGUCAUGCAUGUUGUUAAUUACGAUCUUCCCCGCCAGUCCCACGGUGGCAUCGUCGAGUAUGUUCAUCGCAUUGGACGUACUGCCCGAAUUGGAAACGAAGGACUUGCUACGUCCUUUUACAAUCAUGACCGCGACUCGGACCUCGCCCCUGAUCUUGUUCGGCUUCUUCUUGAAACCAAACAGAAGAUACCUGACUUUCUGGAGUCCUACAAGCCUGGCGAUGGUGAAAACCUGUUUGAGGACGACACCGAUGAUGAGGAUGGAGAAGGUGGUGGUGAGAAUGAGAAUGAGGGCGCUGGUAAUAAUGCCUGGGGUGGAAUUCCCAUGGGUGAAACCGAAGAUGCCCCUGCCCCUGCCGUCAACUACGACUUCUAG